UAAAAAAGGCAGCAGCCACUAAAUUUAUUGUUUGUUAUAACAACAUGUUCUCACUCUCUCUCAAUUUUUCUUUUUUCACAAUAGCAAAGAUGGACCUUUCACAAGAGUUGACUCUGUACACAGGUCAAAAUUUGACGUUGUCAUGCCAACCAAGGGAUAGUCCCAAACAUCUGGUUUAUUGGUACAAAGGUGCACGGAACCAAAAGGGCCUUGAAAAGCACGUUUCCACUGGGCCCUCAUUUACCAUCACCAAGGCAAUCGUGGAUGACACGGCGUUUUAUUCUUGUUCUGCAGCAGAAUGGGGAUUCUGGGGAAUAAGGCAUUACAUUCUGGUCAACGUCAUAGAGCCCGGAGAACCAUCUUGUGCAAAUGGUUGGAGCCUGUACAAGAACUCGUGCUUCAUGAAUUCUGCUCGUACGGUGCUUGAGAGCUGGUACAGAGCUUAUGACUACUGCAAUAAAUCCUCUGCGCGGUUAGCAAAGGUCUCCAGGGAUUCUGAAUCUUUGGAUUUCAUAAGAGACCUUGCUAAGCAAGUAAACGCAUCAAGUGUUUGGAUUGGCUCACUGAAAGGGGCUCACUUCAGAUUACUUGGCGACAAUUCUCAUAAUCCCCAGUCUGGAAACGGGCGGUGCGCAAAGAUCGUUGGAAUAAGGAGAACACUGGGAAAGUGCACAGAAAAGCUCCCCUUUAUAUGUGAACGAGUGUUACCUGAUGUUCCCAAAGAUGUCAGUAUAGAGCAUAUAAAUUCCACCACUAUUCGUGUUGGAUGGAGCAUGCCAGCGUCCGGCGAUACAGUGAUUGCCUACCACGUGGAACUGUCGACCUCAGAUGGAAAUGUUGUAUCACGGAAAUCCUCUUCAAAGGAACGAUCUCUGUUACUGACACAUCUGCAACCAAACGUAGAAUAUAGAGUGAGGGUACAAGCCGAGAAUGCUGCAGGCAAUGGGUCGAGCUCGUCAUAUGUGUCAAUCAACAGGAAGGGAGGUCUUCCUAUCAUUGUGACUUCCACGCAGAACGCCAAAGUAAUUGCUGGCCACUCUAUAACACUGCAGUGUGGUCAAUCACAUCAAGAAAUCACGUGGUACAAAGACGAAAGCGCCACUCCAUUAGCACGUGGACAAGCAUAUUCCAUUGACGUUGCUACUGCAGCAGACGAGGGCAUGUAUUACUGCGCAGUGGACAAUGGACCUAGAGGAUCAGUGAAAGUCCUUGUGAUUGAGAAGCCUGUGAUUAGUGAUGUGAAAGGAAUUCUUCUGAGACAACACGACAACGGUAAAGAUACCCGACAGCUUCUGUUACUUUGCGACACUGUUAACAGACAUCCACCAGAGUACGUAUGGAGAAAAGACAGCUCUCCGCUGGCCAAAGGAACAGACACCGUAAAAAUUUCCUUGGAGGAGAACACAGCUGUUGGCGAGUACGAAUGUCACGUGACAAAUCUGGCCGGCAGUGCUUCAAAAUCUCUUGUCAUUUCUCCUGUAGCGGAACCAGUCCAGAACCAGGUAACCAAAUCCAGCUCAGCAUCCCUGGUUUGGAUCAUUGCUGUUUUGUCCGUUCUCCUCGCAAUCUGUUUCGUUGUAAGUGUUGCGCUCAGCAGCAUAGGAAAACGGAUACUCAAGAUAAGCAAGCCCAGAAAAAUGACAACGCAGAGCAUUACCUCCACCGAAAUGGUGACCAUCGAAGACGUUGACUCACCAGGACCUGUGUCACGCACGGAGAAUGCUACGCGUGACAACGACGAGGUUUUCCCUUACGACGUCAUCCAGACCUGGACUGGGUCAAACGGACCUUACAUGAGCCUAAAUCGCAGGGAAAAUAAUAACCUUGAACACCAAGUGGAUGGCCCGCAAGUCCGAAGACCUGAUUACACCAACAUUUCACCCAGCAACCGUAACGACAGCGCUGCCAACUGCAUGUAUGCACCACUGAGGCUUAGCACGGUGGUGGCAGGCAGCAAUACAGGCAGACGUCCAUACGUUAAUGUGGAUGCCUCGGAGGCCUCCUCUGAUAUGUAGGUACAGUGGACAUCACUGUAUAGUGGUCCAUUAAGACUAUUGUUAUAAGAACAAGUUUCGUUCUGGUCUUUUAAUCCACUAGCUGAUCGAAAUAGAACAUCUCAGUUGUGAUACUCCUCAAGGUAGUUAACCCAACAUAAAACCUG